AUGAAAUUAUCAAAAUAACCUUCACACGAAAAGUAAAAUUCACCGCCGACCACCGGGUCAUUCUCAGCGCGGCGGCUCCAUGGAAGCCAACAACAGCGACGGCGGCGGCUCACCGGAAACUCCGGCAACGGAAAACAUGACCACCAUAUCUCAUCACUAUUUCGGAGAAUCAAACGGCUCCGAUGACGCCAUCUCCAUCACCGUCAUCGAGAGCAUGAAAGAAGAUUAUGGAUUGUUCGUGUGGCCGUGUAGUAUUAUUCUGGCGGAGUAUGUCUGGCAACAAAGAUCACGCUUCCAAGGAGUUAGUGUGGUUGAGCUUGGGGCCGGGACAUCACUGCCUGGUUUAGUAGCUGCAAAAGUAGGUGCAGAUGUCGUUCUUACCGAUGACUCAGACAGACUAGAGGUUCUGGACAACAUGAGAAGAGUGUCUGAACUAAACAACAUCAAAUGCGAGGUAAUGGGACUUACAUGGGGCGUGUGGGACGAGUCUAUCUUCAGUUUACGACCACAAGUAAUCCUUGGAGCUGACGUGUUGUAUGACUCAAGUGCCUUCGAUAAUCUCUUCGCCACUGUGAAGUUCCUUCUAGAGAAAUCACCUGGAUCGGUUUUUAUCACAAGCUAUCACAAUAGAAGCGGGCAUCACCUUAUCGAGUUCUUAAUGGUGAAAUGGGGAUUGAAGUGUGUGAAGCUUCUUGAUGGAUUUUCGUUCCUGCCAUCAUGGAAGGCUUCUGGUUUAAGUGGUAAUAUUCAAUUGGUAGAAAUUGUUCUAAGUGAUGUUGCGAAGAACUGAAGAUGCUUUCUCAAGGCUAAGGUUCAAUGGAGAAUAAUUGUUAUGCAAAGGCCUAUCCAAAGGUAAACCGGAAACAUGAGCUAUUUAAUUUUCAUAUCAGAUAUGCAUUUCGGUUGAUGCUUAAAUUUCAUGAUAUCAAAAGUCCAAUGGCACAUGGUGUUAAUAAUUUGCAUCACACUAUGCAGUUAUAGCGGUCCAAAAUCAAAUAGCGGUCAAGGGCAUUUGAGAUAUGGGUUAUCGCGGUGGGUUAUCGGUAAUUUUAUAUCAAGCAGAAUUUAUAUAUAUGAAAUCUUUCCCCGAGUCCACAUCGACCAAGGUAUCCAAAAUAACGGCCAAUAUCGGUCAAAUGUCGGUGCGGUUCUAGUUGUAAGAUAUCUAGCGCCGAUAAUCAGGGGCGGAACCAGAGGGGGGUCAAGAGGGUCCGCUGACCCCCCGUACAUAGAAAUUUGUAAGAUUUUUAUAUGUACAGCCUAAGAUUUUUCUAGGAGAAAACAUGUUUUAGACUCUCUAGUUGUAGCCGGUAGAAAAGAGAAUUGAAUCACACUUUCAAUAGUAGACUAAAGAUCUCAUCUUUUGGUUUGAGUUGCUUUCUGAUAAGAAAUAAGUCUUUCUAGUGGCAUCAUGAAUCGUUUAGUUUGAUGCUUAAGAAAGUGUAUUGGGAAUAGUUUGUAGUUAUUUUUUAUGUAGAAAGUUUAAGAUGGUAUCGAACCUAACUCUUAAAUCUAGAAAUAAAUAAUGUAUAUGGACUUCAAAA